AUGAGGUUUUCCAAUAGUAUUUUUGCAUCCUUGCCCUCCAUAGUAAUCAACAAACCUUUAGAUUUCAUGUCAUAUAUUAGAAAAAUUAAAAAAAGACAAACCAUAAAAGAUUUGAAAUUUAAAAAUGUUUUCCAAUAUUAUUACUAUAUUCAAUCUAAAAAAUUAAAAAUACAAACAAAAUCGUUUCAGCUUUUCAUUAGGAAAGAGUGGUCAGAAUCUUCUGACUGCAAAAAAACCUUAUAUACCCUAUUAUUUUUUAAAGAAUGCAAAAUAGAUUAUCACUUAUUAAAUUAUAACGAGUUUGGUAAACUUGUGGGUUGGAAUACACCUAUUAAUAGUGCAUAUAUUUUGUUUCGGUCCAACUUCAAAGAAUAUUAUUUCUCUGACAAUUAUAACAAUAGAAUUGGCAAUAAACCUAAAAAAUACACUAUCAAGAUAAAUAGUCUGGCAGAUUUGAAUCAUGCAUCAACAUCAAUUAAAUACAUUAAAAAAUUACCACCAAGCCUCAGUCGGAAUGAACAUUAUUUAAACAGCACAACUGCUUAUUUUACUCAAUACAAAAAAAUGUGUCAGGAAUGUCAGUCGAUUUGGAAAAAUCAAGUGAGUGAAGAGCAAAAAAGAAUUUUAUGGAAAAGAGUUAAAGAAUUGAAAUUAGGGUUUUCAAACAAGGUAGAAAAAGAAAUUAAAAAUUUAGAUGAGCUGGAUACUCUAUUAUAA